ACUAGAAAUUAACUUUGAUACUUGUGUAAAUUCCAAGCGUAAAAACUCAAAAAACAAGUUGAAGAUUUAGUCUUGCCCCCACACAACACAAAAGUUUCAAAUGUAGUAGCAAAUGAAUUUUCACAAACAGACGGAAAUUUGUCGACAGAUUCGCUUCUGAUUUCUGAAGCGUCAAAAACCCUUUCCGGAAGGAAAGCCGAAAGCUAAAGCCCCUUGCUGUUGCUAUUCUGGACUGGAGGCUUCGUCAACAAGAGACAAGACAAAGAGAAGAGAAGUGUGGAAGAAAUUUGAUGGGGAUGGGGAUGGAGGCGGCGUGGGCCUGCGCGGUGGAUCGAGCCACCGGCGCCGCCGACUCCACCAAGCGCUUCUUCCUCUCCUUCCGCCGCCCUCCUCCCCCGCCUCCCGGACCCAAUCCCAUAGAUAUCUUGAAGCGCUUGCAGCGCCAAGCGUUUUAUGACAUAAUGCAGCUGAGGGAGAAACAGGAGAAAAUUGAAAGAGUGCUUACAUUGUUCAAAGCGAGCAAAAGUGGCCCAUUUGCAGAAGAAAGCACCAGGGUCAAGGGAAUUAUCACUGUCGCUGGAAGCCUCUCAUCAAAAAACAAAAAGGAUUCAGGACCAGAUAGCUCAGAAACAAAUUCUGGCAUUAGUUCGCAGUUUGUGUUCCAGACAAAUGUUCGAAAGAAGGAUUCUCUUCUUGCAGAGCUUGUCACUGAUCAUAGGAGCCUGCCUUCAGAAAAUGAUUCUAUUGGGAGCCCUUUUGUAUUGUCAAAGGUGAUGUACUUGGCAAAUAUCAAUGACUCGCUGUCUGCUUCUGCUGUACCAGUAGGAGCGAGGUGUGAUGAUUUUUCAACCGACCCCAGUCUCCAAGAGGAGCAUUGGCUUGCCAGCUUCCGUUCUUCAUUGAGGCCACCUUUGCUGAUUAAACGGCAUAACUAUGCUGCUGGCCUAAUACUGAGGUCAAAGAACUUUGCCGUUUCUCUUGCUGAGUUGAUCUCAGCAGCUGGGAAGCCAAAUAACUCGGGUGAAGCCAGUAGAUUUUUCACAGGAUUUGGGCAAAUGUCAUGUCAGAUGCAAAAUGAAAUGAAGUUAACCAUGUCCGCAGCCUUGCAUGGACCCGGUUUAAUAUCUAGGAAGAGCAAACCAACUGCUGGAGGAUGUGUUGAUUUCGAUCUGAAGAUCGAUGAGGACUCAAGAGUUGGGGCCUGGAUUGAGGUCAAGAAGGCGAACCCAAGGUUAGUGAGAUGGGCGCUCACAUUGUCAGAAACACCGGAGGACGACCUAGGCUGGGGCUUGAGCUUGCGGAGAGGCACCGAAGGCAGCCCAGAACGUCUUCAGCUGGAAGGCUUUCUGAAUGUCCAUCUGGGGAAGGCCACCUUGCAGCCUGGUCUCAUGUUCAAUAUAGACGGUAGGAGAUGCGCACCAGCACUUGUGUUCCAGUCAAGUUGGUUUUUGUGAAGUCAUUUUGGUGCUCUGCUAUGAGCCCUUGUAGGAGCUUUUGGUAGAUCAGAGGAUGUAAAAACAAUCUUUUAUAUCAUGAAAAAUUAUCAUUUUAAGUGCC